GAUUACAUUUAUAUAAUGUUGCACUUUAAUAUUCUCCUUGAAGUGAUAAAGUAUGUGCAAUGUCAUGCUUUAUAAUCGGGUUUCGAAAAAUAUAUUAACAAUACCGAUUUAAUAUUCACACUUCCCUCCGUGAUUUUGAAGAAGUAACUGCCAACUAUUUGGUAACUUCUUUCUUUCUAUUCAUUGUAAUUUAUCGUAAUGUGGCGUACUACAAUGAAUCAAGCGGCAUUUAAUCUUAAUAAUGUUAAUGCAUCUGUCAUGAAAUGUAAUCGAUUGCAAGGAAAAACGGCAAUUGUAACAGCUUCAACAGAUGGAAUUGGUUUUGCAAUUGCAAAACGUUUGGCUCAAGAAGGAGCCAAGGUAAUGAUUAGCAGUCGUAAAGAAUCAAAUGUAAAGAGAGCUCUAGAACAGCUUAAGUCUGAGGGACUACAAGUAUCUGGUACUAUAUGUCAUGUUGCCAAGAAAGAUGAUAGAAGAAAUCUUUUUAAUAAGACAAAAGAAGAAUUCGGUGGUUUAGAUAUUCUAAUAUCUAAUGCAGCUGUAAAUCCAGCAUUUUCUACACUUUUCGAUACUCCUGAGGAAGCAUGGGAUAAAAUUUUUGAUGUCAAUGUUAAAAGCACUUUCCUUUUGAUGCAAGAAUCUUUACCACUAUUAAGGGACAGUAAAUCACCUUCAAUGAUCCUUAUAUCUUCAAUAGCAGCAUAUCAACAAGUUACAGCAUUAGGUGCUUAUGCUGUAAGUAAAACAGCAUUACUAGGUCUUAACAACAUUGCUGCUGCAACUCUUGCAUCUGAAGGAAUUCGUGUCAAUUGCAUAGCACCUGGUAUAAUAGAUACAAAAUUUUCUAAAGUACUUGUUGAAGGGGAUACAGGUGAGGUAACUGUGUCCACAAUACCAAUGCAAAGAUUUGGUUUACCAAAUGACAUAGCUGGUGCAGCAGCAUUUUUAGCAAGUGAUGAUGCUAAUUAUAUUACCGGUGAAACUAUCGUUAUUGCAGGUGGAUUACAGGCUAGACUAUAAAUACAUUUGUGACGCCAAUGUCAGCUAAUGCAAAUGGCAGAUGAAAAUAUGGUUCACCGCGCAGUACAACCAAACGAAAAUUAUCAAAACCGUGAUGAAAAUGAAUGGAAAAACGAAGAGAAUGAGGAAAACAUUAACGAUACUGAAUUCGAGGCAAUAAACGCCCAACUGGAUCUGCUGAAUUCAGCUUUGGAUAACCUUGAGCAAAAAAACGAUGAUAUACGCGCAGGAUUAAUUGCUUUAUUGCAAUCAAA